AUGCCCGUAACAGCCUAUCCUGAAUUCCCAACCAAUAUCCCGACCCAUCCGCUCUUGGUCAUCGACUAUGAAUUGGUCAAGAACGGCGAUGAGAAGGAGAAAGACGUGCUAUGGAAGGCUGCGACAACUUUGGGAUUUUGGUAUUUGAAGAAUCACGGAGCUGAAGAAUUUGUUGAGGACAUGUUCGACAUGGGAGCGGAAACGAUGGACCUGCCAAUGGAAGAAAAGAUGAAAUAUGAGCAAGGAGACGGAGGGUCUUCAUUCGGGUACAAGUACGCGGGCGCUAACGCCGUGGACGCCUCCGGUGAACCCGAUAAGAUCGAAUUCAUCAACAUCGCAAAAGACGACGCGCUAUCCUGGCCCAAACAAGCUCGACGAUCCUAUCCAUCCACCGUCAACAACCGCAUGGACUCCACCAUCGUUCCUUUCGUCAAGAAAUCGGUAGAGAUUAAUGAUAUGAUCUUAAACGUCUUUAACACCAAGCUCGGGUUACCCGAAGGUACAUUGAACAAACUCCAUUCGACGGAGGAAUAUAGUGCGAGUGAGGCAAGGACAAUCAAAGCACCGAAAAAUCUGCCUAUUGGAAGACAGGCGCUCGGAGCUCAUACCGAUUUUGGGAGUUUGAGCUUUUUGCAUAACCGGCUUGGAGGAUUGCAAGUUCUACCCCCUGGUGUGGAUGAGUGGCAAUACGUUAAGCCAUUGCCCGGUCAUGCUAUUUGUAACGUUGGUGACGCUUUGGCCUUGUUGAGUGGUGGAAUACUUCAUUCAAACAUUCAUCGAGUUUAUCCGCCUCCCGGAGCCCAAGUAGGUUUUGAGCGCUGGUCUCAGGUGUUCUUCACCCGCCCCGGGAACUCCGUCGUACUUCGGCCUUUGUCAGACCACAGCCCUGCUAUAGCUGAAGCUGUCAGCAAACUGACAGAGCAACAAAGAAACGUUCUCAGUCCUGGUGUAACAGCCGUCGAUUGGUUCAACAGGAGGAUCAAGAACCAGAGGGUGAAGAAUAGGGCGGGACCGGAAACAUGGCUGGCCAGUAGGGGAACGGAGCAAGGUCGGGUUUGA